UUUGACUGUGGCGUGAGAUGCAAUCUACAUGUGGGAUUUUUUGUGGUCGAGGAGGGCUUGGAGGAAGAUCAUAUAAUCGGCAUUGAUACAGAGGCUUGCCUUUGCCCCAACUCGACCGGCGUUAUCCGACGAUGCAAGCACGACACAUGGCAUGACACUCGUGAAGCCAGCGCCCAGAGCAAGAUCUCAACAUUGGAAGCAAUCGGACAUGUUCACGAGGUCACUGUUUUUCUCGACCAGAGGCACUGACGAUUCUCACCACGAUGCAUAAAGUAACGGGGCCGCGCGGUAGAGGUCGGUAUCGGCCGGUGAAGCAGCUCCGAUGUGCCAUCCGGGAAGUCCCUGUGAAAGUGGCGAGUGGGGAGGGGCAGCUGCUUCUAGAAGCGUUGUUGAUGCAAAGGCCGCCGCUAGCAGCAGUUGAGACGCCCUUGGAAUGACGAAUUCCACCAUAUGGAGCCGCCCAGCCGCCCCGCGCCGAUAUCGAACGUUUAUAUGAGCCGCUCAACACCACCUCACUUACACCGACCGGUUUCUGUCCUUGUCGUCACAUACAACUCACUAAUCUACCAAAAUGGCGUCUGAUGAGCUUCCUGUUCGCCCCGCUGGGUCUGCGGUCAAGGCCGUCGUUGAGGGCCCCAACUCGCUCGCUGUCGCCUUUGGCAGGGAGCUGUCUAUGGCUUCUCGCUCGGUCCAUGCCGAUGACUAUAUCAACAAUCACCAGGCCGUGGCUCCCCCCAUGCACGUUUCUACCACUUUCCGAUAUAACCGGGACCCCGAACAGUUGAGACCAUGGGACAAUCUCAACCCCAAUGCCCCUUAUGACUCUCACGUGUACUCCCGAGACAGUGCACCAAACACCACCCGCUUCGAGGCCAUCCUCACCUCGCUCCUCGGAGCCCCGUCACUCAGUUAUGCAUCCGGUCUCGCCGCCUUCCACGCCAUGAUUGUCUUCCUCAACCCCAAACGUGUGGCUAUCGGCGGUGGUUAUCACGGCUGCCAUGGCAUUCUCCACAUCAUGAAGAAGCUCAACGGCCUCGAGCAGCUUGAACUGGAGGACGAUGCCGACCUUGCCAAACUCGAAAAGGGCGAUGUUAUUCACGUCGAGACACCCCUUAACCCCACGGGCGAGGCUCGCGACCUGGCUUACUACCGCAAGAUGGCCGACGAAAAGGGGUGCUAUCUCACCGUUGACGCCACCUUUGCCCCCCCCCCUCUGAUGGAGCCCUUCAAGUACAACGUCGAUAUCGUCAUGCACUCUGCCACCAAGUAUUUCGGCGGCCACUCCGACAUGCUUGCCGGUGUCCUCGCCAUCCGCCCAGACAGAGCCGAGAAGUGGCUCCCAGAGCUCAGGGAGGAGCGCCUCCACCUUGGAGGUGUGAUGGGCUCUCUUGAAGGCUGGCUUGGCGUCCGUAGUGUCCGCACUUUGGAACUGAGAGUCAAGCGCCAGAGCGAGAGCGCCCAGAAACUGGUUGACUUCCUUGCCGAGAAGAAGGCGGCCGGCGACAACAGCAACAUCAUUGCGCAGUCUGUCUUCAAGAUUCAGCACGCUUCUCAGCAGCCGGAGGCAAAGGAUGAGAACUCGUGGCUGAGGAAGCAGAUGCCCAAUGGGUUUGGGCCGGUGUUUAGCUUGUGGUUGGAGAGCGAGGAGAAGGCGAAGAGGUUGCCUAGCAAGCUGCAGUUGUUCCACCAUGCCACGAGUCUGGGUGGAGUGGAGAGUUUGAUUGAGUGGAGGGCGAUGACGGAUCCCAAGGUGGAUAGGAGGUUGUUGAGAGUUAGCAUCGGUGUGGAGGGGUGGGAGGAUUUGAGGGAUGACUUGGUGCAGGGGCUGGAGAGGUUGAAGGAGGAGGGGUUUUAGAGGGGAUGGGGGUGUAUAAAAGAAGAGGGAUAUAGGUAGAUGGAACCAAGAUGUCUUUGGUUGCUAAUUUCUUGGCCCAGCAUGGCACGUAACGGCUCGGGCAUGAUUCUUUUUUUUAUUUUUAUAUUUUUUUUUAUAUUGCAGCGUGAAAGAAGGGGAUGUUCAGCUGAAAGUAAGCGGCUACACUGCAUAGAUGACCUACAUAAGGCUGGUUGUGAUAUUUCUGUCUGCCUCAGGUGAGAUGAAGUUGCAGUACCAAGAGGAUGGAUCAGGCAAACCUCUUCGUCUGAAUGGAAGUAUCCAGUCCUGAAGCCUGCUGACUGCUUAACUUUUGUAAAGACGUUUGCAAAGAAGAAGCCUGGU